AUGGCUCUGUCUACUGCUGCCGCUACCGCUCCAGCAUUAGACGCUGCACUACUCCACGAGAAACGGAGUUCGAUCGCGGACAAAGUGGCAUUGGGCUCGAGUACUAGUACUUCGAACAACGACGGAGUCAGAGUCCGCAUCGUGUCUCCGCACGAGUACAAGGAAGCCGCCGCCUGUCUCGCCGAAGCAUUUCGUCACGACGACGUGGUGCGAUAUGCGAUCGACACGCCCGAUCGAAUGCACCUUUCCGACGAGGAGCGGUUUAACUUGCACAAAGCGACAAUGGAGUAUGUCACCUACGCUCACUGUCUCAAUGGACUGGUCUUGGCCGUGGGUGAGAACAACAACUACGAUUGUGUUGCAUUGUGGUUACCGCCAGGCAAGAACAUUGACGAUUGGUUCACCAUCCUUCGAAGUGGGAUGUGGCGUCUCAAUUUCCAGUUGUCCAAGGAAGGGAAAGUUCGGUUCUUCGACGAGUUCUUGCCCCUGCUGCACCGGACCAAACAGGAAGUGCUGGGUGAUAGGGACCAUCGGUCCUGGUAUCUCAAUUAUAUCGGCACUAAACCUGAAGCAAGGGGAAAGGGAUAUGCUCGCAGGUUGAUCGACUAUGUUAUGAAGAUGGCCGAUGCUGAAGGAGUUCCAUGCUACCUCGAAAGCUCGCAUGAUGUCAACCUUAUCAUCUAUGGUAAGAUGGGCUUUGAGCUGAAGAAGCAGAUCUAUUUGAAGAGAGCGGAGGGGAAAGAGCUGCGGAUGGAUGUCAUGGUUAGGGAGCCGGUUGUGAGCAAUGGUGAGAAGAAUGGUAAUGCUUCUGUCAAGGCUGCUUGA